AUGGCCGAACCCUCAGAAAACCCAGCCCCUCCUCAAGCCGGACCUUCUGCGGCGGCCGCUGCGGCGGCUGAAGGGGGUGAGGGCGGCAUUUCUAAGAAGGCAGCUAAGAAGGCGGAGGCCAAGGCCAAGAAGGAGGCCGAAAAGCUUCGUCGCGCAGCCGAACAAGCUACCGCCCAAGCCGCGGCUAAGGCAGCUGCUCAAACGGAGGAUCUCGCCAAGGACAACUACGGGCAGGAGACGCACGAGACGAAGCUGUCCGCGGAUGUCGUCGAAGUCAGCCUCAAAAGCCUCGGCGAAGAGCAUGUCGGCAGGACGAUCGAGCUGCGCGCUUGGAUGCAGAACGCCCGCAUGCAGGGUGCCAAGAUGGCGUUCAUCGAGCUGCGUGAGGAGGGCAACUUGUCGAUCCAGGGCAUCGUGGUCGCCAGUCCGGAAGGCACCCCGGUCAGCAAGCAGAUGGUCAAGUGGGUUGGCGCCAUCAACCCGGAGAGUUUUGUCGUGGUCGAAGCCAAGGUCCAGAAGCCGCUUGAUACCGUCAAAAGCUGCACUGUGGUCAACUACGAGCUACAUAUCACCAAGUGCUUCGUGCACGCCGCUGCGCCGUCUGUCCUAGGCAUGACCCUUGCCGCGGCGAACCGGCCCGUUGCCAACUUCAGCGAUGAGGAGGUGCCUAUCGAACAGGAGGUCGAGAAGCUUUCGGUUGCUCCCGCGGGCAACGAAACCACGAACAUUCCCGCGGCAAGCAUGCUGACACAUCUUGACAACAUUGUCAUGCACAAGCGCUCGGCCGUCCAGCAGGCGAUUGCGGACAUCCGUGGCGAGGUGAAGGAGCUGUACCGCUCGUACCUGAGGUCGCAGGGGUUCAAGGAGUUUGAGCCACCAUGCCUUAUCGCUGCCGCGUCUGAGGGUGGUGCGAACGUGUUCCGCAUGCCGUACUUUGAGAAGGAGGCCUUCUUGGCGCAAUCGCCGCAGUUUUACAAGCAAAUCGAGAUUGCUGGUGGCCGGAAGCGUGUAUUCAGUGUUGGGCCCGUCUUUAGAGCCGAGAACUCCAAUACGCCUAGGCACAUGACCGAAUUCACCGGCCUUGAUAUGGAAAUGGAAAUCAAGAAGGACUACCGCGAGGUCGUGCAAGUACUUGAAGGUGUCCUUUUCCACAUCUUCCGCAACAUCCAAGAACGCUGCGCCGAAGAGAUUGCUCUCGUCCGUUCCGUUUAUCCUUCAGAAGAGUUCCUCCUUCCCGAACCUGGCAAGGAAGUUCGCCUAACCUUUGCGGAGGGCCAAAAGCUGCUCCGUGAAGAAGGCCCCGAGGAAUUCCGCAACGUCAGCGACGACGAGGACAUGAGCACGCCGCAAGAAAAGGCACUUGGCGCCAUCAUCCGCAAGAAGUACAACACCGACUUCUACGUGCUCGACAAAUUUCCCGAGGAAGCCCGUCCUUUCUAUGCCAAGGAAGACCCUACCAACCGCAAGGUUACCAACGCCUACGACCUGUUCAUGCGUGGCCAGGAGAUCUGCUCGGGCGGUCAACGUAUCCACGACCCCGUCGAGCUCGAGGCCCGCAUCCGCACCAAGGGAAUCGACCCCGCUAGCCCGGGUAUCAAGGAGUACGUCGACAUCUUCCGCCAAGCGGGUAUUCCCGCGCACGGUGGUGGCGGUAUCGGUCUGGAUCGCGUAGUCGCGUGGUAUCUCAACUUGCCCAGCGUCCAUCUCGCAGCGUUUUACCCCCGUACCCCCAAGAGGCUGUUGCCUUGA